UUAAUUAUUAUACACUGAAAGCGUAUAUUCUAAUUAAUAUUUUAAGCUUGGUAACCUUUGUGAAGGUAUGAUGCGUAAUACUUUAUGUGCUUAAUAAGCAAUUGAAUUAUUGAGAAUUAAUUGUUCAUCCAUAGUAAUACUUCUAAACUAUCAAUACUGUAAUGGCAUCCACAUGUAUGAUUAUAAGCCGACAAAUUUCAACCUCGUCUGUUCGUCAUGGUAAACGAAAUUUUCGAAUGAUACAGAUAUAUAAUAAACGAGGUAGUCGACUAUUUAAACAAGAGCAAGCUAAAAAUCCAGAUUCUGAUAUUCCAAUUGAUAGAAGAGGAACAAGACUAACAGGGAAAAGAAUAGGUAAUGAAUGGGUUAACAUACCAGAAAUGAUACCAGAGCUUGUUGUUCCUUCUAUGAAAAAUUUUAAUCUAAAGCCAUAUGUUUCUUAUAAUUGUAUGGAUGUUAAACAGCGCGAAUUCACUGCCAAAGACUUAUUCAAUUUCGUAUAUGCUGAAAAAAUUAAACAGGAUUAUAAAAAUAACCAAUUAAAUAAAGAUGGUGAACCAUUGAAUCCUAGUGAAUAUGAAAAAUUAACACCUGAAGAAGCUAGGCUUAGAGCUGAAAAAACUGGCACAGAUAUCUUUACACCUACUAAAGAAGAACCUUAAAUUGUAUCAAAUAUUUAUAAUGAAAGAAAUAUAAAGUAAAGCAACAAUAGAUAGCACCAGUUUUGCAGUCUGCAUAUGAUUUUAUUCAAUAUGUUCAUACGCGCAAUUAAUACAGUUGUUGAUAUUUUUACGAUUUUAAAUAAUAAUUAUUUACCAUCAUACAUGACUUCGAGAUGAUCAUGUUUCAUUUAGUAGAAAAUCUUUAAUUUGAACUGCAAUUUAUUUAUUGUUAUUUGUAUUAUCCGAUUAUUGUACAAUAUUUGUUUAACACGUCACUAUCUGAUAGUAAAUAAUUACUUUACAAAGUAGUUGCACGCAUUGCAGUAUAUGGCCAACAAUAAUUCCGUCAUGUAAUUGUUACAAAAAUCAUGAUUGUUAUUAAUAAAAACAGUUUCGCGAAA